AUGUUGUCGAUGGCGAAGUGUAGCCUUUUGUCGUGGACAGUUGCACUGUCAGCAUCCACCGCUCUAGCCCACCCUCUAUUCAAUGGACAUCUUGUGUCACGUGCAGACGAGCUCCUCAGCGAGUACGAUUAUGUAAUUGUUGGUGGCGGUGCCUCUGGUCUGACUGUCGCGAACCGUCUGUCAGAGCAGUCGACCACCACUGUCUUGGUCAUUGAAGCUGGUCAGCUUGACCAGAACGAAGAUUUCGUUACAAUUCCCGGUCUUGCUGGUGGAGCUAUUGGCACUAAAUACGACUGGAACAUUACGUAUGCCGCAAGCGAGUAUCUGGGUGGUCGCAAUGUUUCCAUUGCUCAAGGUAAGAUCGUUGGUGGCUCCACCAAGCUCAAUCGCAUGGUCUUCGAUCGCGGCUCCAAGUCGGAUUACGAUACUUGGGAGACACUCGGCAAUAAAGGAUGGAACUGGAACAGCUUGCUGCCUUACUUCAAGAAGAACGAGAUCUUUACGCCGCCGACCGAGAAGAUCCAGAAGGAAUACAGCAUAACGGUGGACAAAAAUGCGCACGGCUACAAGGGCUUGAUGCACUCGACUUACUCUCCAUUCUUCUGGCCUACAACCAAAAAUUUGGUUGAAGCUACCAAGAGCCUCAAUAUUCCGAUCACCAAGGAUCAAGCUGGUGGUAACGCAAUCGGUGGCUACUUCUGCCCACACAACAUGGACCCUACUGAGUACGAACGUUCUUCCGCAGAAGAAGCUUACUACGACUCGGCCACAAAACGACAGAACCUCCAUCUGAUCACUGGUCAGCAAGCGACUAGAGUUUUGACCUCAGGCGGCAAUGGCACGCUCAAGGCUCAUGGUGUCGAGUUUGCCGCUUCGGCCGACGCGUCACUUCAGACUAUCAAUGCAAAGCGAGAAGUCAUUCUUGCCGCUGGAACCUUGCAUACACCCCAGCUCUUGCAACUUUCUGGCAUCGGCGAUUCGGCACUUCUGUCAAAAAUCAAUGUUCCCACUGUUCUUGAUCUUCCUGCAGUCGGUCAGAACCUACACGACCACGUCUUCCUUGCAGUCGUUAACACCAUCAACACCACGGUUGCCAUCAACAGCGAGCUAACUUCCAACGCAACGUUCGCCGCCGAAGCCCGAGCACAAUACGAUGCCAAAAAGGGUGGUCCCCUGGCGUCGCCAACGGGAGACUUCCUGCUCUUCCUCCCUCUCUCCACUUACUCCAACGCUAGUGCCUCAAUUCACACUCUGGCCACCACAUCCAAGGCCUCUGUAUCCCUGCCGCCGAACACUCCCUCAGAAGUCGCUGCUGGCUACGAGGCCCAGUACGCCUCGCUGAACGCUAAACUCACAGCCAAAGACGCGGCUUACAUGGAGGUCAUCUUUCAAGAUGGCUUAGCUGUCCUUGCACUCCAACACCCUUAUUCCCGCGGCAGCGUCAAAGCCUCCUCGAGUAGCAUAUUCGACGCUCCUAUUGCCGAUGCCGGUUUCCUCCGCAACCCAAUCGACACGGCCCUGCUACGCGAAGGCGUGCGCUUUGUGCGAAAACUCGUCUCGCAGCCCGCGAUUGCCGAACUCAACCCCUUUGAGGUCGUACCUGGUGCCAAUGUGACCAGCGAUGCGGACAUUGACCAGUUCGUGAGGGGUGGCGCGAGCACAGUGUGGCACCCUGCCGGAACCUGUAAGAUGGGCAAGAGAGAAGAGGGUGGUGUCGUGGAUGGCAACUUGAAAGUUUAUGGCAUCAACGGACUGAGGAUUGUGGAUGCGAGUGUGAUUCCAAUGCUGCCGGCGACUCACACCAUGACUACUGUCUAUGCUAUUGCUGAGAAGGCGGCGGACAUCAUCAAGGCCAGUGUGAAAGCAAAAGACCGCGGUUGA